CUGUUCGUCCGGCUGAAUGGUAAAACAGGUAUUGGACGGUCUGGAACACAUAUAUACAUGUGCCUGUCCAAAAAACUGUGGACCCGCACUAGUCAGGCAGCUUUGACAGAAAUGGCCUUGACCGAGGGAAACACUCAGACGUAUAAGAUGGCGCCCUUGGACAGCGACAUCAACCAGCACUUCCAGGAUGCAAUCGAUGUGAUUCAACAUCAUUCAAAUAAUUCCUAUUAUGAUUCAGAGUAUCCACACUAUGAAACUCUGGGAACUCAGCAUCCGUCUCUGCAGUGUCACUUCUCCUGCUGCCUGGUGACGCACCCGCCUGACGCACCGGCUCCUGCAUAUGACUGGAGGGACACAGCUCAGCAGUCCUGGCCUCAGGUCAUCCCUGAUGUGUCCCUGGGUCAAUCCAUACCAACGGAGUCCUCUCAAUUCUACUCCAUCAUAACGCCACAGAGGAACGGCAAAGGUCGUAAGAAGCUCAGACUUUAUGAAUACCUCCACGAAGCCCUGAAUGACCCCAAGAUGGGCGACUCGAUCCAGUGGACGGACAGCGGCAGCGGCACCUUCCACUUCAUCUCCAAGAACAAGGAGAAGCUGGCCGAGUGCUGGGGCCAGCGCAAGGGCAACCGGAAGACCAUGACCUACCAGAAGAUGGCACGGGCUCUGAGGAACUACAGCCGCACCGGUGAGAUCACCAAAGUGCGCCGCAAGCUCACCUACCAGUUCGACGCGGACAUCCUGCGCAGGCUGGGCUCGGCGCAGGGGGCCCCGCGUCUGCCCAGUGCCCCUGCGCAGGAGGAGGCCCACACGCAGCAGCAGAAACCGGCCGAGCAGACCUACUACAGCUCCGCAGCGAUGGACUGGCACAGCUGGUACGGACACUACCAGCAGCAGGAGGACUACGACCUGGCCUCCACCUUCACCUCGCACAGCACGAGCAAACUGUGAGCCAGAGGAUGGUCGCAUCACUUGGACAAUUUGAAUCAACAAAAUGCAGUUACCAUUGAAUGUUCACACCUUUUGACACAUUGAAGGUUUGACACACCAGCACGGAUCGAGAUCUGAGAGUCAGUGGUCAGUUAUCAAGGUCCUUUACGGAAUCUUACAGAGAAAUUAAUGAAAAUGAAAAAAAAUCCAAUAUCAGAUAAAAAAAACACAAUGGAAUUAUGUCUAAAAAUAGGUGGUAAAUGAGUGGAUGAUUGGUUUCCCAGAGCCAGUAUUAAAUACAAUGACAAAUUUGUUUUCCUUCCAUCUUUUUUUUUCUGUCAAGAGCGCUGACGAUGAAAUAAAAUAAAAAUCAUAAAGCAAAUUUAGCCAUACAUUUAAUUCAACCUAUAUUUUCUAAUCAAGGCAAUUUCCAAUGUUUUUCAAAAAUGUACAGGAAUGAGACUGUAUUUUUUAUGAGAUUGUGUAAAAGGAAAUAAUGAUUGUAAUUGUUCAUAAUAAUGUUUUUUAUGUAACAUAAUUUACCUACAGCAGUAAUACGUAUUGUAUAUAAUGACAUGUAAAUCUUGAUGAUUUUCUUGAUAAAAGUUUUGAGGAAAAAUUAUGCUUUUAUACUCAUUGAACUUAUUAUGCAAAC